AUGCAAACAAAUGUGUGGUUAACGUUAAAAUGGAAAGAUUUUCAACUCAAAUGGAAUCCAUCAGAUUACGGUGGAAUUAGGAGUAUAUUGGUGCCGCGCGAUAAAGUUUGGAUACCUGAUGUUGUUCUGUUCAAUAAUGCAGACGGUAAUUACGAAGUGUCGUUUGCGAGUAAUGUGAAUAUACGUAAUAACGGUGAAAUAACGUGGGUACCACCAGCCAUUUAUAAGAGUUCAUGCACCAUCGAUGUAGAAUACUUCCCUUUUGACGAACAAACUUGCAUGCUUAUUUUCGGCUCAUGGACGUACAAUUGGAGUGAAGUUCAACUGAGUUGGUAUAAUAAUAGGAGGAACGUAGAGUUGAAUGAUUAUUCAUACAGUGGUAUCUGGGAUAUAAUCGAUGUGCCGGGGCAUAUCGCUAAGAACGGUUCGAUUGUGGUGUUUGAUAUUGUUAUUCGAAGGAAGACAUUAUUUUAUACGGUGAUUUUAAUAAUCCCAACGGUAUUGAUGGGCUUGUUGAGUAUGAUGGUGUUUUAUUUACCAGCCGAAUGCUCCGAGAAGAUAACAUUAUCAAUAAGUAUUCUAUUGGCAUUGGUCGUAUUUCUGUUAUUGGUCUCGAAGAUAUUACCACCGAAUUCGAAUACGAUUCCGUUGAUGGCCAAAUAUUUACUGAUGACUUUUGUGACAGUGAUAGUAAUCAACGUGCACUAUCGACGAGCAACUACACACAGUGCAAUGCCCACAACGAUCCGAUAUCUCUUCCUUAAAUUACUGCCCAACCUAUUCCUGAUGAAGAAACCCGAACGCAUCCCCGUCUUCAACGGCUACUUUAUCGACGAAUAUCGCGCGCAUGAAAUCUUUGAUGCGAGUCUGGUAAUGCCGUCAGUAAUUGCAUCAAUGUUACCGUUCAUCAAUUCGGACGGGGAUAAUAAGAGUGAUGAUGAUCGUCGUCACAGUAAUAAUAAACAUUCGAAUCGUUUUAAUUACUUGUCAAAAAGAUUAUCGUUACCAUUUCACAAGAAGAAUCAUUCAACGCACGCAGAUUUACUGCAAUAUGAAUUGGAUUUAUUGAAGUUGAAUAUUAACAACGAUAAUAACGAUAACAAUAAUUAUAUGAUUGGUAGCGAUAAAUAUUUCAAUAAUAAGCAACUUAUAAAAACCAUCAAAUCAAUCGCUUUCAUCACGGAACAUAUGAAAUCUGAAAUGGCGCAUAAAAAGAUUCGUGAUGAGUGGAAGUACGUGUCAUUGGUAAUCGAUCGUNGACCCUCGGAGGGACGCUAUCAAUAA